AUGGCAGAGCAUCGCACUGAUCACAAGAAGGAGACAGGCCAGAAGGUCACGCUCUACCUGCCGAAGGGUGGAUCACAGGGCUACAGAAAGAUCCCUUCUGGAGCGUGCAAGCAACGCAGGCCUGGACAGAGUCUGCGCCGCGCUCGGCUGCGCAGCCGUAAGGCAGCUGGCAGCUGGCGAGCAGCUGCCGGCACCUGCCGCGGCCGCUGA